AUGCCUCAACAAGCUCAGCAAGUGCUAUGCCCUACGCAUCGCGUGCCGGACGCACGUCAACGAAAGCUGGCGAUCAGGAAGUUUGACGGUAGUGAGCUAUACCAUGGACUUGGCUCCAAUUUUCUUGAUUGGGGGAGAACAUUUCUUCGGCAAGUUACGAUGGCCCAGCAUGCGUGCGGAUUCGCAUGGUCCGAGGAAGUUAAAGCUGACUCACUUGGACACUACUUGAGCGAAACCGCGGAGCGCUAUUAUAACGAGCAGCUGGAGUUGUGGUGGACACAACUACCGACGCUGGAUCAUGUCAUGAAAAGGCUCCAUCAGACUUUUAAGACCACAAUCACGGCUUCGCAGUCAAUCCAUCUCUUCACGGCGCGUAAAGACCCCAAGAGAUGUUGGCCGGAGCAUUACCUUUACUUGGUUGCUGUCAGUGACGCGUGUGGUGGCGCGGACCAACAGGUGUUGGAUAAUAUCGUGCAUUAUGCGUCGACGGAACUAAGUACGAUGCUUAUGGCUAAGUACCACAACUCAAGAGUGGAUUUUUUGCGUCAAGCUGAGGAGCUCGCCCACUUCGCGCAGUCUGUAGAGCUGGAGUCGCGUAAGGGCCGGGCUCUAGGACGAGAUGUUGUUGAGCUCGUGGACGAGGUCUCAACAAAGAGGGAGACACGCACGUGCUUUGGGUGCGGAAAGGCCGGUCACAUCAAGGCCAACUGUCGAAGCAAAGGCCGUAGUACUAACGAUGGUCGUCGUGGAAAACAUGGCGCAGACCUCGUUUUGGCGAUCAACGAUCGUGGAAUCAAAAGGAAGAACCCGCAUUUUGGUUAUGCUGGAAAAGAUGCGAAGGACGAGCAUGAAGAGUGGAUCUUGGAUAGUGGUUCAAGUCGUCACCUUGUGAAGGAUGAGAGCCUGUUGCUGGAUGCACAAGACUGCAACUAUCAGUGCAACAUGGCGGAUGGAGAAACACUAUCCCUGUAA